AUGAGAUCUACCUACCAAGAACUAGACCUAAGACUUGUCUUUGUCUACAAGAGGGUUUGUAAGCGAAUGGAUUUGGUCUGCCAGAGGAUGUUGAAUCAGGGAUUUCUGAAAGUGGAAAGAUACCACAAUUUGUGCCAGAAACAAGUUAAAGCACAGCUUCCAAGACGGGAAUCAGAAAGGAGAAAUCACUCGUUAGCUCGCCAUGCAGAUAUUCUUGCUGCUGUAGAAACAAGACUGUCCCUGUUAAAUAUGACAUUUAUGAAGUAUGUGGAUUCUAACCUCUGCUGCUUUAUACCUGGGAAGGUAAUUGAUGAAAUAUAUCGUGUAUUAAGGUAUGUAAAUUCUACUAAAGCUCCACAGAGAGCCCAUGAAGUCCUUCAGGAGCUAAGGGACAUUUCAUCAAUGGCAAUGGAAUAUUUUGAUGAGAAGAUAGUUCCAAUUCUAAAAAGAAAGUUGCCAGGAUCAGAUGUGUCAGGACGACUUAUAGCAGCGGCUCCAGUUCCAGGUCCUUCUGCAGCCUUAACUACAAUGCAGCUCUUCUCCAAACAAAACCCAUCGAGGCAGGAAGUUACCAAACUCCAGCAGCAAAUUAAAACCAAUGGUGCAGGCGUGACUGUGCUGAGGCGUGAGAUUUCAGAGCUCCGCACCAAAGUGCAAGAGCAGCAGAAGCAGCUCCAAGACCAAGAUCAGAAACUACUUGAACAAACCCAGAUCAUAGGUGAGCAGAAUGCCCGGCUGGCUGAACUUGAGCGCAAACUACGAGAGGUUAUGGAGAGCGCAGUCGGGGAGUCCUCGCGGUCAGCACCAAGUGAGGAAGCUCCUCGGAAACGGAAGAAGGCAGUUGAAUCCAUAGGUUCCCUUAGAAAAUCAAAACGGCUUCGGAAUAAUAAAUAACCGUGGGGGAACUGACACCUCCCGGGAAAUGCACUGCUUUAGUGGCCCAAGCAGGUUGUCCGGUCUAGAUCCUGCGACUCACAGCAUGGUGUCAUUUCAAGCUGCUGGUUCUUCAGAACACCAUAGACUUGAACAGUGACUUCCUCUCAUUGCUGAGACAUUACUUCCCAUUACUUCCCUGCUUCUGUUUGAGUGGGUCUGCUGCACAGGAUCACUAUAAAUUGCCAUAGAUUUUUACUAACCAGACCUGCUCUAUCAUGUUCAGAGAAGUUAAUUUUCAUUUUUCUGUGCAAAUUAAAAUGAAACCUAUGUUUAUGCAUCUGUUCCCCUGAAAUACACCCAAAAUUGAUUAGAAAAAUGUGAAUGGAUAAACAGCAGGUGUGUUAGUCAUUUGAACAGAUCUACUUUAAAAAUUGUUUUGAGGGGGGAAAGUUGACUUUUUGUUGCAAGUGACCUUGUUUAGAAUGUCUGGGGUGUAGUUUAUAUAUGUGAGAGUCUGCAUAACAAGUAAAAAUGACUUCUUAAGCUUAAAGUAUUGGUUAUAUAUAAUUUUGUAAAUUUAACAAGGGGUACCAGACUAGUUUUCACAAAGGCCUACCCUACUUCUGAGCAUCUGGAGCCAUAUUUUUAUCCUGCAUGGAGAAAUGCAUGCAUUGCUUAGUCAGCUUGGUAAAGCAUUUGCCUGGAGUUGCUGUUAAAUUGUUGGCCUCCCCCAUCGUUCUAUAAAACCAUUUCUUGGUUCUUUAGCCAUGGCUCUGCAUAUGCUUCCAGGGCAGCCGUUUCUUUUUCUGUGCAGCCAUUUUGUCUCACUUCUGAAGGAAAAUAUAUAAACCAAUCUAUUCUGCAGCUUCUGCUUGCCUGUAGAUAGUAGAGGUGCUCCGCUAGAGCAGGUCUUCCUUUUUGCCUGUGGGUGUCCCAGGAUACACUACUGAGGCCUGUCAGAGGUUGAGAAAGACUGUUAAGUGUUGGACAAACAACACAGGUUUGCUAAGACACGGUUCAAGUUUUAAAAGUCUCUGUUGACAAAGACCUUAAUGUUCUGUGGCAAGAACUCUCUGUAGUACUGUAUGCUAGCUUUCUUUAUCCUAAAAAGUAAAUUGACUUCAGACAAAAGAAAAGCUUUAAUUUCUUUGCACUCCCUUUGUUUUGAAGUUGUAACUGGAAAGCAUGUCUUGCACUGUACAGUCUCUCUGGACUUGUCACUUUAACAACCUCAAGUUGUAAUGUACAGUGAUUUUUCCCCAGUCGUAUUAUUUUUAAAUUUACCAACCAAUAGCACUGUCCAUGGUUGAAAUUGGUGUUACAACUAAACAAUGUAGCUUUGUUCCCUGACUGUUACAUUUUGCUCUUAAAUCUGCUGUUGUUAAUUUGGAUUUUUGGUACAACUGAAUAGGGAAUUGAAAAAUAAAUUUGAGUGGUAGCUCAAAAAGCCACUCCUGGCACACGUUUUGCUGAAAUACCUUGGUUUAAAGUGAGAGCUUAAUACUCAUUUUUAUUUGUCAAGGAAAAGUUUUCCAAAAGAAUGUGCUGGGUUUUUUAGAUGUUAAAAGCCUAUCAACUCAUAAUUUGGAACAAGUUUUCUGUAAAACAAAACAUUACAAAUUGAUGUCAAAAGUUUGGAGUGUUUUAUUUUUAAAACCAUUCUUGUUUUGCUAUCUUAAGGCCUUCUUACUUUGUGUGUUUUUACAAUUUUGUUUAAAAUGGGAGCAGGCUAUUGUAUCUUAGCAGUGGGUAUACACUGAAUUGUCUCAAGGAUAAUAAUAACAGUUUUGAAACAUU